AUGGUGGAAGCAAGACGUUUACCUAUAUUGAAAUAUAUAUCUACUCUUUUAAAUCCGAUUCUUCAAUAUUUUGGUCAAAUGCCCUCUAAUGAUUACUGUGAUAUGAUUAUACAAGCAUGGGCUCCUGCUAUACCAAAUAUAAUAGCUCUUGAAGCACAAUCAAAGAAAAAAUCAUUUACAAAGCAAAAUGACAAUGUUCAAAGUUCACAGCCUGCUAGCAAUAUUCUACAACCUAUG